AAAGAUUGUAAGAGUAUUUUUGUGGUGAAAAAAGAUGAGUUGUUCAACGGGUAUGACAUUAAGUUCAUUGGGAAAUGUUUCGGGUGAUGAGUUGUUAACAGCAUUUUCUUUUGGAGUAGAUGAAGAAAAGCCUAAAGAGGGCCAAAAGUUGCUUCCCAAUGGAAUUUUAAAUGAAGAGGAAGAAGUUAGGGAUCGUCAAAAUGAAACAAAUUAUGUAGAAGGAGAAACAGCAAAAAUUUUGAUUCGGCAUGGUCUUCCUAAAGAUAUUACAUCACGAGAAUUAGCAGCUAUGUUUUUUUUCUCUAAAGGUUAUGUUGAAAGUAAGGUGGUUCAUACGAAUGGGACGGAAGUGGCAGCUAUUGUACAUUUUGAUUCACCUGAGACUGCUAUAUCAGCAAAAGAAUUUUUGAAUGGAAAGGUUUUGGAUAAGUCGGGUUUACCCUUAUCUGUAGAUAUUGUUCCGUUACUUAAACGGACGUCGUCUUCAUCCUCUGUUUCAUCAUAUGUUCAGAAAAACUAUCCUUCUACUACUUUAUCAUCAUCAUCGAAAUCUUCUGGAUCGUCCGUUUCAUCACAUCCACAUCAUCCUCAGACUAGUCGGUUUGCACAAUACUGUAGUAAUUCGAGCAAUUUGAAGAAUAAUGAUUUGACGAAUAGUUUUUAUAGUAUUACAAAUGCAUUUCAUUUACCAAUGAUGGAAAAUGCGACGGAUAAUACGUGGUCGCCAACAUCACCUGGGUUCUCAUAUUCUUCCCUUGAUGUGCUCCCUGCGACGAAUCCCUCAGCAUCGAGUGUUAAUAAUACCAUACCUGAAUCGGUUCAUAAAAAUACAUCUAUUAAUGAAAAUAUGGAAGAAUGGAAAUUCCAGCAGCAAUAUCAACCUGCUGAUAAUGCGAAUGGGUCUCCAUCUCAGCCUCCCGUACCUCGUCUUGCGAAUUCUUUAGUUGUUAAUAUGCAGAAUAUGUCACCAAAUGGUUCAUCUUAUGUAGGAUCGAAUGUUAUAUCACCAAAUCGUCAUAAAUCUGCCGUACAGAACCCUCGAUUUGCGCAUAAUAAUAAUGCAGUGUCUUCUAUUGCUAGUUCAUCUAGUGGGCAUUCUUCUUUGAUGAUGUCUCCUCAGGCAAGUCAUUUUGUGCCGAGUUCUCCGAAUGGUUUUGUAAAUAGCCCUAAAAUUCAACCUCAUGUUGUUGAAUUAAAUGGUAUGCAAAUAACAGACCCUCCAAAUCAUUCUUACUACAUGAAUUCAUCUUUUGGUUAUGGUUUUCCAAAUCAUUUUAGAGGUUCUAUUCCAUUUAGUACAAAUCCUGCAGAUCAAAACCCUCCGUGUAAUACUCUUUAUGUUGGAAAUCUUCCUUUAAGUACAUCUGAAGACGAACUUAGGAAUUUAUUUUCAAGGCAACCCGGAUAUCGUCGAUUAUGUUAUCGUACUAAAUCAAAUGGGCCUAUGUGUUUUGUCGAGUUUGAGGAUGUAGGUUAUGCAAUGAAGGCUUUAGGCUUGUUGCAAGGUGUUUGUUUGUCUAGUUCUGUUAAAGGAGGAAUACGACUGAGUUUUAGUAAAAAUCCUCUUGGCGUUCGAAGUAAUGCAAAUCCAAAUUUAUUAGUUAAUCAUUAUGGUGUGCAUAAUAAUGGUUUUUCACCCUCUAUUCAUACUCAUUCAGGGUUUUCUGUGCCUUCAUGGGCUGGCAUGAAUCAACAAUUACUUGGAAAAUAGAUUUAUCUAAUAAUUUGUAAGGUUUUUUCUAUAACUUUUUUACAGUCGGUUUUC